ACAAGUUCCCUCCCUCUUUGCUCCACCAUCCCCAAGACUUCUUCAAGCCAAGCAUGGGCUGGGUGGCGUGUGCAAAGAAUAUCUAGAUCACCUCCCAGUCCUCCCAUUUUUCCACUGCUGGUUGUCAAUGGAGGAAAAAUGCGCCUACGUUCCUAUGUGCCUUGAAGACCAGAAUAAGAAAACAAGGGAAGUGAAAACCUUCAGUUGUGUUUCCAAAAUGAAUUAUUUCCUGUUUAUUUUCACCACUUUCUUAGUUAUUCUACCUGUUAACAAUGGCAAUCCAAUGCAGCCGACAUUGCUUGGACCACAUCACCCAGUCACUGCCUCUCUGAGGGACACCAUUGUGCUACACUGUCAUCUAUCCCCCAGAACAAAUGUCCAGAAUAUGGAGAUUACUUGGUUCCGCUCCCAAAAUUCUUCCUAUAUACACCUUUAUCGCAGUGGGAAAGAUCAUCUGGAACGGCAGCAGCCAGAAUACCGAGGAAGAACCGAAUUUUUAAAAGAUGGCAUUGUGGAUGGAAAGAUUGGGCUGAAGAUUUUUAACAUUAGCCUAUUUGAUGAGGGACACUACCACUGCUCUGUUAAGAAUGGGAGUUUCCAACAGGAAGCCACAUUAGAUAUGAAAGUGACGGCAUUAGGGCCUGCUCCUCUCCUUUCCAUUGAAGGUUAUCAGGACAGAGGGAUCCGAGUGGUUUGUCGCUCCAGUGGCUGGUAUCCAAAGCCUGAAGUCCUGUGGAGAGAACUCAAUGGGAGGCUUCUAUCUUCGUUGGCAAAAAAAGAUUUACAAAGAAAUGAUGGGACGUUCGAUGUAGAAGCUGACAUCAUUCUAAAAGGAAGCUCAAACUUGACUUGUGUCAUUAGAAACAGCCUCCUUGAUCUGGAAAAGGAGUCAACCAUCCACAUAACAAAUCACUUCUUCCCCAAAAUGUCAUCCUGGAUAGUAGCUCUAUGUUUUUCCCUAAUGGCUGUGGUUGGAUUUUCUAUAUUUACUUUUUACCUACAGAACAAAUACAGAAAGCUGGUCACUGAACUGAAUUGGAGGAACAUGGUGAUACCAAUAGAAAAAGCAAACAUAGUUCUGGAUCCAGAAACGGCCAACCACGACCUGAUCCUGUCUGCAGACCAGAAAACUGUCAUACAGGGAUUCAUGUGGCAGAGCCUACCAUACAGUCCUAAAAGAUUUAACAUGGAGCGCUGUGUCCUGGGAAGGGAGGGAUUUUCCUCCGGGAAGCAUUAUUGGGAAGUAGAAGUUGGAGAGGAUGGGUAUUGGGCCUUGGGGGUGGCUAGAAAUUCCAUGAAGAGGAAGGGAAAGCUCAUCCUUGUCCCAGAAGAAGGAAUCUGGGCAGUGGGAAAAGAUCGGAUCCAAUACAAAGCUCUUACCCUACCCAAGACCCCCCUGACUCUGAAGAAGAAGCCCAGGAAACUGGGAGUUUACUUGGAUUAUGAGAUGGAACUAGUUGCCUUUCAUGAUGUCAAUCACCAAAAGCAUAUAUUCACCUUCUUCUCAGCUGCGUUCAAUGGGGAAGAAGUCUUCCCCUUCUUAUAUGUAGGGGUAGGGUGCUGGCUUAGACUGUGUCCUUCAUGACUUUCCUUUAAGAGAGGUUCAAUCAGAAAAUUGAAUGCAGUAGAGUUCACAUUAUAUGGCACUAGACAGAGACAGGCAGUUCAUUUUCCAUAUCAUGCAAGGGCUGUAGAUUGUCAAAUAGGGAUCACUUCUUCUUACUGCAGCUUUACAAUCAUGGAAAGGGUGAAACGUGUGAGGUCUUAACUAGGCGGAAGGAUGUCACUCAUCUCAAGCAAGAAAAAGUUGGAGGUCAGCCUUUUCUACAGUAUAUCUUACUUACCUGCUGCUGAUUUACCUCAAGUUGUUUCCUCUACUUGACCCCCACAAGCUUGGAAGUAGAUCAGGAAUGGAGAAACAACCUUUGAGCGAUAGGCUAAGGUGGUACAUGUGCGUUAUUAUGUGUAUUAAGUGAGGGGGGCAACAUUUUUGGCAGUCCAGGAUUAUACUCUAAAACUUUUUUUUUUUAGCCUCCAUGAGAAUGACAUCUUAGGUCGAAUAUGGUAGUGACAUAGUGAGGAGUGGAGGCUAAAAUGUUAAGCCUUUAUUUUUAUUUUUUCAGAUUUGCUUUUAAAAUAGAAUACUGUAUUAAUGCAAUGGGAGGCUUACUGCACCUGCCAUGAGGCUUGUUUUUUAAAUAUAUAUAAAAAUAUAAAAUUCUUGUUCUUAUAAUUCAGCAAAUUAGGGCUGGGUUUGGGAAGCAUUAUCUGGAUAGCUCUGAAAAUAAAAUUGAGAGAGGCAGGCUGAACAGCAUGUAGCCCACAGGUUGCCUCUCAUGAACAAAAGGAAGGGAAUUCACAGGGUGGGAGAGCAGGAAAGGGUACCGUUAGUCCUCGCUUAACAACCACAUCUGGGACUGGCACUAUCACUAAGUUGAAUGAAAGUGAAUAUACAUCUAUUCUCCCAGGAUAAUCUUGCAGGAUCCAAAUUGGGUCAGUCACCGGGACCAGAGGGUUAGUUUUCUGAGCUUUUGGACUGUGCUGGAGCCCAUCCUCAGGGAACUUCUUUUUAGCAGAGUUUGUGUUUUGGGCUAUUCCUUGUGUGGUAUUUAGAUGGUGCCUGUUGUGUGUGACUUUUUAGUUGUUGAUUGGGGUGUUGAUAGCUGGCUAUUAAGUCCAUGGCUAUCUUUCCCUUGUGCUGCCAAAUCCUCCCCUCCUAAGUACUUGAUAAGCACUCCUGGUCCAUCUCUAAGUGCCUGGAUCAUUAAGUGAGACAUCCCAUGACCACAAUUUGUGAUUUCACUGCUUGCUUAAUUCUGCUUGUUGGAAGCCAGUUAUGAAGCAUAUUAAUGGCAAUCUUGGAGUUGCUGGAUGCUGCAAUGGUCAUAAAUGUAAGGGUUGGUCACAAAACUGGGGGUUUGUUUUACACCAUCAUUAACUUUGAAUGGUCGCUAAACAAGGCAGUUGGUAAGCAAGGACUAUUUGUACUGAAAUGACAGAAUAAUUGCAUGCAUACAAGCACAGUUCCUCCUCUCAAACAACUUCAUCUUUUGGGCACUCCUUCUGUUAAUGCCCCUCACCCUGCCCCAAGCUGGAGCUGAAUGACAAUGGGAAACUAUAUGAUUUACAUCCUGAGUGCUGUUUUAGAGAAAAACCAGAUUAAGCUUCAAGAGGAAAGGGCUAUUCAUAGAAUGCUUUGUAUCUGAUGAGUUGUAUCCUCAAAGGAGAAUGUGAAGCAAUUUGGUGAAGAAGUUCAAAAUGGAAUUUUUCUCCACAAUUUUUAAAAGCAAGGGACUUCUGGGGAAGAAAAGGUGAAUUGAAGUUGGCUCUGUUUUCAGCAACAGCUGCAGCAGAAUAAAGAACCAGUGAGUAGACCAGUUCUUCGUACUUCAUCUCUGGACAAAGAAAGGACUUGAGAUAGCCCACAAGUGUUUCAUACAAUUGCUUCUUGUGAGAAGGCUGCAAGACAACAGUUUCUGGGGGUGUUUAGAGCUGUGGGAGAUGCAGAAAAACCAGCUUUGCUCAAACUGGGGUCAUUGCCUUUAAAAGAACAGUGGGUUUGCAUAGUUCCUUUUCUAAUCAAUUUUGGAAAUUGUUUAACUGCUUUGUUGGGUAGCCAAUACGCUGGCUCUGUAAACCGCUUAGAGAGGCCUGUAAAGCAGUGUAAAGCGCUGUAUAAAACUAAGUGCUAUUGCUAUUAGGAACCUUUGGAUCAGCAGAUUUUAUAGCAUUAUUGAGUUUUCUUCAAUCCUUAGAGAAAGUAGUUUCAAAUACAAAUCUAAGAAUUAAGUAUUUUGGAAUAAAUUAAAAAAAGGGGGUGACUGGAACUUUGAUUUAGGAAAGUUAUACAUUGACUAAGGGUUAAGAAUGUUUAGAAAUAAGAUUUUGGAAUUAAUUAUAAGAAUUCUUCCUGUGGGAAAAUGCUUUUUAAAUUCUCUUAAAAACAUGAUAAACCAACAAUAAACUAAGAGUCACCUGAAUAAAUUUUCUAUAUUAAAUUUACAAAAGUCGUAUUAAAGUUUUGAAAAAUUUCACGAAAAGGGACAAAAUAAAAAUUAAAAGAAAUCAACUUCUAGGACAUCGAUUGACAGGACUAAAGAUCGAGAUUGUUAAAAGGAAGUUGGUUUAUUUGAUCAAGAUUAAAAUAGAUAUAGUAAUAUCUCUGGCAACCCUUAAUGAACUUUUGCUGAUCAGGACUGAAAGAUGAAACUUUAAAGAACUUGUUUAUAGAUAAGAUAUAGGAAGAAGACAGCAUUUGCUGUAUUUUAAGGGAAGAUAAGUUGUUAAAAUUAUUUAUACUUGUGAUGAAGGAGGAUGGCACUUCUUUAUUUAUCUUUAUUAUAUAUUUUUCUUUUCUUUUUUCUUUUUUUUACCUAUUCCUUAAAUAUAUGCUUAUUUUUUCCUUUUCAAUAUUUUUAUUUUUUAUUUUUCUGCAUUUUGUAUUUUUCUUUAUUCAUUUCUUUUAAUUUGUAUCUUUUUAAUUUUAAUUUCUAAUAAAUUUACCACUUUUUAAAAAGCUAGCUACAAGGAGACUUAUAUAUACCCACAUAGGAAUGGAAAAUAGGUCACAAAAGAUUGUUGCUAUUUCAGUUGUUCUUCUCUCUAUUGAUCUUUUAAGGACUCAUAAGUUAAUAAUAAUGAGGUAUAUAUGCUGAUAUCUGCUUAUUGAGAGAAAAAUCCUCUCUUAAUCAAAUAAAAAUCUACUGUAAAAAAAGGUAGCUCUCUGAUAUAUUCUGACUCAGAUGGAAAACUUUCCAAGUAUGUAUUUGUGUGUAUAGCUCUAAAUGAAGCUUCAUUUAUUUGAAAUGCUCUGUCUUCAUGUAAUUUUAUAUUAUUAAAAUAUAUUUGAAAUAAAAGAA